GCUGAUGACCUUUUUGCAGACUACCAUCCGGAAGCAGCAGAGGACUUUGAGGAGGACCUGGCAAAGGCUCUCGACCAGAUGGAAGACUCCCCGGAAGAGGCGACCACGGUAGAUAAGCUGGACGACGGCUUGGCCAAGGCCGGGAUUGAGAACGCUGCUCAGGAAGGGAGCGACGAAGCCAAGCCUACAGCAGCAGAGGAUGAUGGCAUGAAGACUAUGGCGACCGAGCUGGACAACUCUCUAGAGGUGGACUUUGAGAAGGAGCUGGAGAAAGCCAUGGAGGAGGUACUGUCGCCCACAGGUGAGAAGGAGCCAGAUUUGGAGGAGGAGCUUGAACGUGUGAUGGAGGAACCCGAUUUGGAGGAGGAGCUUGAACGCGUGAUGGAAGAAGAGUUGGGUGCAGAGGAAGAUGACGCAGAGCCAGCAGAAGAGCCCGAGCUCCGCACUCCAUCCAAAGAG